GCGCCCCUCCGCCACCGCCAGUCACCUACACCACCACCUCCCCGCCUGCCCUUCAGCUUCGUUAUUGUGUGACGUGUGUGUCGGGACCGUCUGCCGCCGUGUCUGUGUAUCAUCGACGUUUUAUCAAACGGGAGAAAUAAAGAGAGACAAAAAAUACACACAUACACCCGCCCAUUGCGCCAUACUGCCAUAGUCACCGUCGUCGCUGUAACAAUUGCGUCUUUACACAGUGCACACGACAUCGCACUUAUUGUGUUUCCGCAUCCCGACGACCCGUUUUCACGGCGCAUAUCACACACACACGACGCUUGUGACCGUUCUCGUUCCGUUUCGGCUCAAAACGUAGCAGUCGGUUUGUUAUCACUCGUCGUCGUUGUCGUAUCUACGCGAACGCCCCUAAAGCUACUGCCACAAGAAAUCGUCGUCGUAGUCGUCGUCAUCUUUGAAAAACUUGCCAACAAAACUCGAAAACAUGAGUCCAGAUUACGAUUACUUGUUCAAGCUGCUGCUGAUUGGUGAUUCGGGCGUUGGCAAGUCAUGCUUACUCUUGCGAUUUGCUGACGACACAUACACCGAUUCGUACAUUAGCACCAUUGGCGUGGAUUUCAAAAUCCGCACCAUCAAACUGGACAAUAAGACUGUGAAGCUUCAGAUUUGGGACACUGCUGGGCAAGAACGUUUCCGUACAAUCACCUCAUCGUAUUAUCGUGGAGCACAUGGCAUCAUUGUUGUGUACGAUUGCACAGAUAUGGAGACAUUCACUAAUCUGAAACAGUGGCUAGAAGAAAUAGCUAGGUAUGCAUGUGAUAAUGUCAACAAACUACUUGUGGGCAACAAAUGUGAUUUGCAUGACAAGCGUGCUGUGGAUGAAGCAACUGCCAAAGAAUAUGCUGACCAUCUAAAAAUCCCGUUCCUGGAAACGUCUGCUAAACAGGCAACUAAUGUGGAAUUGGCUUUUUUAACUAUGGCUGCUGAGAUCAAGAACCGUAUUGGGCCAUUAGAUGGCCAAGGACCAGGAGGUGCGGCUGAUGGGGUCGGAAAAGUAACAAUUGAUUCUAAAUCAUCAGACACAUCUGGUGGGUCGGGUGGUUGCUGUUAAUGAUAACAUGACGGUGUCAUCGUAAGCAUUGCAGCACGCUUGUGGACAACUUACUAUCGUUGCUGAUGAUGAAGAACCGAGCCACAGACGAAGAUAGAUGAUAUAUAUAUUUACAACUUCUAAUUAAAACAAAAUUUAAGCUGGGGAAAUACAUUUUUGAAUCCACAAUACAUUUUUUUUUUAAAUAUAAUAGGAGAAGUGUGCCAUUGGCAUGCUAACCGCCAGUUCACCCCUACCCACUACUGUCUUAAAUUAUUAUUUUUUUCAACGCGUUUAUUUUGUGUACAUAUACAUAUUAUAUAUUUUAUUAUUAUUAUUAUUACCUUUAAUUAUUAAUUAUUUCAUCAUAGCAGCAACAGUCGUGGUUUGUUCUUUAUUAUUAUUAUUAUUAUUAUUAUUAUUUUUAUUCCGUUUCUUUAUAUUAUUAUAAUAAUCAUUAAUGUUAUUCGCAUACAACCUUCUCCAGCAUACCAAAAACAUUCCUAUUACCUCCGUGCUCAACCAGAUGAAAAAAAAACUAGAAAAUAAUUCGACAACAACCUAUUGUCAUCUUGUCGAUGAAUCUCCUUUAUCCCAUACACAACACACUUUCACGCUGUUAUUAAUCAAUUACAUAGAUUUGUAUGCGAACCCUCCCUCCGCACUUUUGCACAUUGUGGUGUAAAUCUCAAUUUUCUAGAAUUUAUUAAAAUCACUCUGCGAAACAAAACUUUU